CCCAUAACAUACUGUGGCGGGAACAGGCCAUCUGGAGCUUGUUGAAGCAUACUCUACUUUCAACGUCUCACUUCCCGCUCGCAAUUCGACCCAGAACACGCUGAAGCUUGUCCAUUUCGCGAUCGGGGGGGCACAACACAACAUACUACAUACAUAACGCAAGCUUCAGUGUUCCAAAUUCAUUGAUUUGCAUCCAGCCAACAAGAGGUGAUGACGUUUUCUACUUCCCUAGAUAUUAUUCCUAGAACGAGGUCCACCGUCAUUGAGCACUGUCGCGCGACUUGCAGCCACGUCGACAAAGACAUAGCCGGAUUCAACGAGGACAUGGGUGGCCUUCGCUCUCGCAGGAUCACUUUCUCCUGUAUAUCUUGGCUUCCACCCGAGAUUCUCACUACUGUCUUCACAUACAUCGUAGAAGAGGACACUCUCAAGAGUCAUACGGGCACACCCCGCCCUUGUGCUGCUCCUAUUUCCAUGAUAAUCACGCACGUCUGCAGGCACUGGCGCCAGGUGGCCCUCGAGUGCCCUACUCUUUGGGCCUCUCUCAAUUGUACAUUAUGUUUGAGAGAUCGAAGAAAAGCCGCUUUGGUUGUCAUCUACAAGUCACCGGGCUCGUUGCAAAAAUGUUUCCAGCGGAUUUUUUCACAGUUACCUCGAAUCAAAUUCCUCCAGUUGUGCUCAUAUCCGUGGGAGGUCAAUCGCAUUUUGGACCGCUUAUCAUCGCAGCCCGCACCGUCGCUUCAAACAUUCAAAUUUUCGGUUGCGAGGAAAUCUCACACAAGAGUCAUCAGGCCCAUAUCGGAUGCUAUUUUUCAAGGACAAGCCCCCCUACUUCGGAGCGUUGAGCUUACAGAGUGCACCUUCAGCUGGACGUCCUGUAUCUUUAGUGGGCUUCGAACUCUAGAUUUGAGACGAAUAGGAUCCGCCUCUUAUCCUACUCUAUCGCAGCUCCUGUCAGCUCUGAGACGUAUGCCUGAGUUGGAGCAGCUUACGCUUGGGCUGUCGUCCAGAAUUUCUGAUGACGCCGAGCUCUCCGACCAAUUGGAUGCCUGCACCCUCCGAAAUGCUGUAUCUCUCUUCUCAUGUCUAGCCUUUCCCGUUAAUGUCAAGAUCUCUCUCAAUCUCGCGCCAAUUGGAAGCUGUCUUUCUGACCUAUUUUCGGCCAUGUACAAGGAUCCUGGCGGACCUGGUCAUAUCCUUCGGUCAAUGCGCGCCAGUCUUUCGUACCAUACAUUCGGCGUCCAAUUCGGCACAUCAACGGCAUUCAAAUCUGAGUAUUUUUGGGACCCUCGUGACGAUGAUAUACCACUCUCAAUUCAAUUCAAAUGCAGCUCAUCCACUAGAAAGCCACCCAUCAUAUUUGAUAUGUGUCAGAUGGUCCCUCGUCGCCAAAUUCAAAGCUUGUUUGUGACUUCCUCCCUUUACCUCCGAGACGAUUUCUGGCGUGUAGGGUCCGCUGACCUUCCGGAGCUCGAAAGUAUCCAGCUGAGCGGGACCUGUAAUAUUAGAAGCCUGGUCGCUGUGCUACAGAGCGGAGGCACACAAAGUUCGGAUAUGGCGUAUCCCUCGCUUCAUGGUCUAGAGCUUGAGAAUAUCGACUUUGGAUGCGGUGAAGCUGAAGAACUUCAGGACAUUGUCAUAAUGCGAGCCAGUCAUGGUGUCGGUAUACACGAACUCCGACUAGUGAAGUGCAGGAAUUUGAUGGACGAUAGGGUGCAGCUCCUUAAGGAAGUGGUUACAAACGUCGAUUGGGACGGGCAUGAAGAAGGCUUGGUGGGCGGCGACGGUUCGGGCGGUGGCUGUCUUUGUCACAUUUGCAGGGAUGAAUCUUCUGGGGAGGACUAUAUGCAGGCACUAUUACAUUCUGAUUAUGAUUAUGAUCCUGAUUCUGAUACAUAUUCGGAAGAUUAGUUUCUGUUCGACUGUAUAGAUCUGGGACAAGUUAUGAUCUUAGUCGAAUAUCCGCUACUUCGCUCAUUUAGCCGCAUCACAAAUCCCUUCUUCUCUCAUACGAAAUUCGGUUGAUAGAAAC